AAAGACUAAGCUCUGCUGGGAAAUUAUCUAAAGGAGCAGAAGUGAAGGAAAGAGGGUUGGGUUCAGAUCUGAGCCCUCCUGCUCCGUCUCAUACAGCCCAGCUUCUCCAUACGCCUCCAUCAUCUCUCCAUUCAGAUGUUCAGUGGGCUGACCUGGCCGCCAUUCAGUCACAGCUCCAGAUACAGAGCCAGCUGACCGAGUCGCUCACCCAGAGGCUACAUGACCUGGAGAGGGAGAAGCAAUCUCAGCAAAGCCACAUUCAGACUCUGCAAGAGGAAGUUCAGAGUCUGGCUGAGGAGCUUAGGGCGAAGAACCAUGAAAGGAAAGACCUGAUUUCAGGAGUGGAGCGAAGGAUGGAGCAGUGGAGGAGAGAGAUUGGGCGUGAGCUCAGCAGCCUGCGGGGGUUCAUGACCGAGGCCGCAUCACGCAGCCACCUGGAAGAGAGUUGGAGCUCCAGGCUCCAGCGUGAUGAGGUGGAUUUCCUGCGGAUAGAUCUGGACAGGCUGAAAACGCAGCUGAGGGGAACAGAGGCGGACAUGCGCCUCCAGCAGAUGGAGGCAGAGAAGAUGAAAAGACAAUGUGAACACAGCUGUCAGAUGUUGGAGGAUCUGACAGGAAGCUUUAGAAGACACAGCAGAUAUCAGUUGAAGACUCUCCGCAACUUGCAUGGCAUUCCAACCAAAUUCUAUCAGAUGAGAACAACCUUGUCAGACCUGCAGAAGGAGGUGAAGAGUCUGAAUCCCAGAGGACACGGAUCGCAGCUUUUGGUAUCAGAGCUGACAUUAGAGGACUCGCCAUUCCUGGCUCCUUCCAGCAGGAGCAGACAGUUUAGAGGCCAUGAGGAAGAUUCGGACUCUGAGAGUUCCAGCCCAACGCUGAGUCUGGCAGAGAUCAGCUCUGAUGAUCUGUCCUGGCUGGAGGAGGAGGACCCGGCUCCCCACCGACUGACACCUCCAAGGGAUACGUCCACACCGAGUGACCUCGCUGCUCCGGAGGACGACGCCAACGAUCUUCUUGACGAUGAGGACGAUAACCCAGCAUCAGAGCCUGACUUUGGUCUUCAAGACCUUUAAAUUAUCAUUCUGGGAAAUAAAAGUGAUAAAAAGAAAUGCGUUAUCUACUUGGAAGCAGUGAAAACAGGAGUGUAAGCGGGAAAGUUAAAGCAAGCAAUGUUCACUGCUGCUGCGGCCCCCAUGAAAGCAGGAAGAUUAUCCCUUUGACUGCAAUAUCCACAGAGUCAAGCAUGGUGGUGGCAGCAUGGUGAUGAGUAAAUGCUUUUAUGCAGUAGGUUCCAUUAAAAAAGGGAUAAAACUUAACAGAAGAAUCCUGGAAGGAACAUUUGGAUGUUUUGUUUGUAAACUUUUGAAUUUUGUAAAAAAGAAAAAUAUAUUAUUUUCAGAAAUCUGUUUUUUUGUUGCCAGAAGUGGUAAGACAGAGCUCACAAUGGAAGAUUAUUUUUUAUUUUAGAUCAUGAACAUAAACUGAUCUUCAGCAAACGAUUCCUCAUGAAUAACAGUUUAAAGUCGUGUUGGGACUUGUUCCAGUGAACAUGGAGCUGUGGGAACAAACGCAGGCGGCUGGCAGCUGUUUGCAGAUGUCUUUGAUCAAGCUGGCCAUCCGCUUGUUUUAAAACGGUUAGCGAUAAAGCCAGGAAUACGGGGGGGUUCUCUUUACAAGCUAUGAAACGUUGCAAUGAAAGCCACCCAAAUUAAACUGUUGUCACAGCUGCCAUGGCUUCAGCUCACAGGCAGAGCGGACUAUAAAUCACAGCUUCUUACAGAGCGACAGGCUAAUUGCUAAACCUCAAUGUUUGAUUUUUAGGCAAGAGAUGACUAAAGGAGAGUUCUGAUUAUAGCCUGUUGGGAGGGGGGAGAGGUGGCGCUUUGAUGUGGUGAAAGAAACCGUGGGAUCCAUAGUGGGAUGGAACGAUGGUGUAUUAGGACCAUUCAAAGAUGGAAAAAAAAAAUAUGGGACUUACAUUUUUUGAGUUUACAGUGGCAUAUUUACAAGAAUAUACAUGCAAGCUGAGCGUAAAAAAACACAAAUUUACAAAAUUGAAAUAGACAAAUAUAAGAGAAAAAUUAGCAAAAUAAGAAAGAAACAUGAAUUUAGGAGAAAAACAGCAAAUUUGCAAGAUUUAAAAAUACAUUUACAGAAUAAAGUGCUACAUAAAGCACAUGCAAAUACAUCAUGAAUGGGCAGCUUUAGCGAUGGAAUAAGACGGUGCAAUGGCCUCAUGGAAGUUUAUAAAGUAAAAAUUAACGAUACCAUAAAUUUGGAUGCUUGUAAUCUUUAAAAUUUGCUAAAUUUUUCUUCUAAAUUUGCAUGCUUAGAAUAUCUUAAAUAUGCAAGUUUUUUUCUUUUAAAUUUGAGAUUUUAGUCUUGUAGAUUUUCUACUUUUUCCUUCUAAAUUAGCAUCUUUAAUAUCUCGUAAAUGUGCAUGUUCUUUCAUGUAAAUCUGCCUUUUUAUUCCUAUACAUUUGCUACUUGUUUCCUUCUAAAUUUGCAUGUUUAUCGUCUCAUAAAUUUGCGUGUUUAUUCUCGUAAAUAUGCUACUUUAACCUCAAAAAUUUAAAUUCCAAUUUUUUUUUUUCCUAAUACGCCGUCGUAAGAUGGGAGGGAAAUUUCAAAGAAAGGAUUGUAGAGGGCUCCAAGCUAAAGUCUUUAAUUGCCCCGAUAGAAAAGACUCAGAGUAAUAUUCACUAAUCAUCACAUGUAAUGUGUUAAUAUUCAUCUUCACGCAGCAGCUGAUCAGAGACUCAAAGUUUGCAAUCAUGGACGACCCGGUGUGGCAGAGUAAUGGAUGUUUAAUGGGCUUCUUCUCCUCGUGGAGAAGGAAUCCUGAGAGAUGCUUUUUGGCUCCUUUUAAACUGUCAGAAAUGGAGGCGGAGAGAAAUCAAAAACCAUUAUGGACAUUAUGGAGUCAAGUCCUCCACCGCGCUCCCAAACAAGACAGACGAUCUAUCCUUGUUGUCAUGUCUGAUGUAAAUCAGGCCGGAUGGAUCAUCAGGCUGUUAAACUUUUCUUCAUGACUUCCAUAUUUUGUUGCUGACGGGGAGAUUUUUAAUUUUUUUUUUCCUAUAUGCUGCAGGGUUUGAGGUUCAAGCACUUCCUGGAAUUCCUCUAUGAUAAUUUCUUAGGACUUUUUAGAAGAACAAUACAGAAUUAAACAUUUCUCUUAAAGAUUUACAAAGAAGGCUAAGAUGUUUAAAGAAGGGAACAAAUAUCAAAGCAGCUCAAAUUUUAGUCAUUAACUUAAAGCAAAGUUUACAAUGAUCCAGCCUAAGAUGUAUGCACAUUUAUUUCAAUUAUGAAAUUUAAUAAAAACAUUUAGUCAUAUUUUUUCCCACAGAUCACCAGUUGCAUCAAUAUCCGUUUCCAAAACAAUCGGUUUGAAUUUUCCUUUUUCUUUAAGCCAAUUAUUUCUGAGUUUGUCUGAUUUUCUAAAACAUCCUGAUUUGUGACUUUCAGUCUAAGCCUGCUUCUCUUCCAGUGGCUCUGGAAAACUUUCUACAUUAUACAAUCUAUGGAAAUGAUUGGACAGCAAAAACAAACCAAGAACUGAUGGGUUCCGACUAACUAAAACAAACCAUCACAAAAAGUAAUGAGCAAAAUCAUAGAACAGACGAGCAGAUAUCGCUCCCUGGAUCCAUCGCCACCUUUGACCCCAGAUGUAAAUCAAACAGAAAAGAUGUGGAGCUGAAGAUUCUGGAUGAUCUAUGGAUACGUUGCAAAAGGAUUAAUGAAAGGUCUUCUGGUAAAAUGUAGGACGGGCAUAUAAGGCCUCUCCUAUAGGCAGAAGUGUACUGGUAAUAAAAUAAAGUGCCAACGUUGACAUUAUUGCAAAACAAUGUUUUUUUUAUUUUCUGUAUAUAAUGAUCCUUCAACUAUAAAAGGUGGUUUUAUUUUAAGGCCUCCUAAACAUCUUGACCAAGGGACCCGAUAAAUCUGAUCAGAACUGUA